AGUGCCAAAGUUUCAAGAAAAGAUCCACAUAACAACAAGGCCCAGCAUGCGAGACAAAAAUGUUGAAAACAGCCCAAUCAUAUUUGAAUAUUUGCCCUUUUAGCAGUCCAUACUAUGCUUGGAUGAUUUGGCUGAAGUUGGAGGCCGGUAAUGUAUACAGAUAUUUUACGCCCCUAAAACCCAGGAUUACCAGGAAGUCUUUAAACCUGGUGAUGUCGUUCAAGGAGAAGCAAGGAUAGUUGUCUCAGAAGAAAAGGGAGAUAUUCGCGGCAUUCAAAUCAAAUGCGUCGGUAAGGCCUACACACAUUGGACAGAGUCUGAGGGUAGCGGCGACCACCGGAGAACAGUCAGCUACACCACCAACCAUGAAUACUUCAGACAGGAGAUCACUUUGCGUGGUGCAGGUAAGGAUAACAAUACUGCGGAUCGAAUCACCUUGACUGUGGGAGAACAUCGAUUUCCCUUUCAGUUCCAGAUCCCAAACAUAUCUCUGCCACCGCCGUUUGAAGGUACAUGGGGGUAUGUCAGGUACUAUGUCAAGAUUACCAUCGAUCGACCGUGGAAAUUUGACCAUCACACUCAGAGGCUGUUCAGUAUUUUCACAGUAAAGGACCUGAACUAUGAGUACAAUGUAUUGGUACCACCAAGUCACCAAGUUGAGAAGACGGUAUGUUGCCUGUGCUGCGCUUCUGGACCCAUCAUUCUGAAAGGAAUGGUAGACAAGCGAGGGUAUGUCCCAGGAGAGUACAUCUUCGUUUCAUUGGAUCUUCAUAACAACAGUUCAAGGAAGAUCAUUGACAUUACUGCAAAACUGCAACAGAGGGGGCAUUUCACUGCCCAGCGUCAUGGCACCGGUAGAACCCACCACCGGAAAGCUGUGAAGACAAUAGCUGAACUGAAGCUUGAUGGAUGCGAAGCCAUGGGGUCAGUUAACUAUGACAGAGUCAAGAUGCUGAUCCCUCCUAUUCCUCCCUGCCGCUACGAAAACUGCCCCAACAUUCAAGUCGAGUAUUACGUUGAGAUCGAGGGGGAUGUUUCUGGAACACCAAUGGAUGCCCAUGUGAUGCUCCCAGUAGUUAUUGGUACAAUCCCAGCCUUCCCGCACACCCUCAAGGAUCCUGCCCUUAACCCUUUUCCAGUACAACAAUUACCAGGCCAACCUGGAAUGGCUCCUGCAGGUCAGCCAGGAUUCCCACCCCCGGGGCAACAGGGAUAUCCUCCUCCUGGACAACCUGGAGCACUCCCACCGGGACAGGGGUAUCCCCCUCCUGGACAACCUGGAGCACUCCCACCUGGACAGAGGUAUCCCCCUCCAGGACAACCUGGAGCACCCCCAACAGGACAAGGGUAUCCUCCACCAGGACAGCCUGGAUUUCCUCCACCUGGACAACAGGGAUAUCCUCUACCUGGACAACCAGGAAUGCCUCCACCAGGGGAUGGGCCAUCUGGAUAUCCUCCACCUGGCCAGCCUGGAGCACCAGCACUAGGACAAGGGUAUCCACCACCAGGCCAGCCUGGAGCGCACCCACCAGAAAAAUCAGGAUAUCCUCAACCAGGAGGACGUUCUGAUGAUGAGGCUUUACCUCCACCUCCAACAUACAUGGCUGCAGUAGGAGGGCCACAACAGAUUGAAGGGGAGAAAGGUGCUUUUGGCAGUGUGACGUAUGCACCGCAGUACCCUUACUACGACCCGGACACCCUCUACGCCUCUAUGGGUAUUCCUCAGGGAGCAACCAAUUCAUCCGCAGAUGGAGGUCCGCCGCCCCCUACGGUUGUCCAGCCAAUGAGCAUCCAGCAGCCUCAGAUGUAGAUCUGGUUGGUCAGUUGGCAUCCGGUUAAUAGCCUUUUGGUCAUGAUCAUGGUUUUUUUUAAUGUGUUUGCUGUCAUGCGUGCUUGCAUUAAACCUCUCAGUACCAAUCCAUGAAAAGCACACUGAGUUAUUGCACACUAAUAAGCCAACGGUACUGAGAGGGUUAAUAGCCCUGUCGUUAGUUAUGCAGCCUUUGAAGGAGCAUGAAUGCAGAAGGUGUGUAUAUGAUGAUCUACAUGACAAAGCUCUUGUCACCUACAAGUGGUCAUUUA